AUGUCGAGCAAAGCAGCUCGGAUUGGGGAAGAGAUAUGGAAAACAAAGGUUGAUAAGGUCAACGCGGAGCUGGUGACGCUGACAUACGGAACGGUGGUAGCCCAGCUCUGCACAGACUACGAGAGUGACUAUCUGGAGGUCAACCGGCAGCUAGAUAAAAUGGGUUAUAAUAUUGGCAUGCGGCUGAUAGAAGACUUUCUCGCUCGGUCCGGGAUGGGGCGGUGCACAAACUUCCGUGAGACGGCAGACGUUAUAUCAAAGGUCGGAUUCAAGGUGUUUCUCAACAUCACGCCCACGGUGACGAACUGGACGAGUGAUAAUAAGCAGUUCUCGCUAGUCUUUGAAGAGAACCCACUGGCAGACUUUGUUGAGUUACCAGAUGACGGUCGGGCUCAGGACGAGCUGUGGUACUCCAACAUUCUCUGUGGAGUACUAAGGGGAGCACUGGAGAUGGUACAAGUUCAGGUCGAGGCACACUUUGUCAGCGAUGUCUUACGAGGAAAUGACUCGACGGAGAUGCGAGUCACUCUUGUCCGUUAUCUUGAAGAUGAGCUGCCCCCGGAGGAGUGA